AAUGUACAUUAAGAAAGACUAUCAUAGGCUCAUACAUUAGCAUUAAGAGUUUAUGUGAAAACUGCAGUGCUCAGAAAAAAUGGGAAAGUCAGCCUACAUCUAGUGCUAUGCCCCUUGGUAAUUUAAUCAUUGCAGGAGCUGUGUUAUUUUCUGGGGGCAGUGCUCACAAAUUCUUAACAUUGUGUAGACAUGCUUCAGUUCAGAUGUUCAGCAUUGGAACAUACAUGAAAAUUCAGUCAUUGUAUUUAGUCCCAACUAUAGAAGAUGUUUGGCAAAGAGAGCAGUUACAUCUCUUUACAGCAGCACAGGAGUCUGGAGAACCUUUGAGGCUGGGUGGAGAUGGACGGUGUUGCUCACCUGGCCACACAGCCAAAUAUCUUUCAUACACUUUGAUGGAUCUGAAGACAAACAAAAUCCUGGAUACACAGCUUGUGCAGAAAAAUGAAGUUAGAAACUCGUAUGCCAUGGAGCUGGAGGGUUUACAAAGAGGGCUUGCCAGAAUUGCAGAUGAGGAUCUACAGAUUUCACAUUUGGUUACUGACCGCCAUUCUCAGAUAAAAAAGUACAUGCGUGAAACCCAUCCAGAAAUAAUACAUUGGUUUGAUUGCUGGCACAUUGCUAAAGGAAUUUACAAGAAGUUAGAAGCUGUGAGCAAGAAGAAAAACUGUGAAAUUGUUGGAGAUUGGGCAAGGUCCAUCAGCAAUCACACUUAUUGGUGUGCAAUGAGUAGUGGCGGAGAUGGUGAGUUGGUGUACCAGAAGUGGUGUUCUAUUUUGAAUCACGUGUGUAAUGUUCAUGAGGGGCAUGGUGCAGAGUUUCCCAGGUGUGAACAUGGAGAUCUUGAAGACCGUCUUUGGAUUCGUAGAGGUUCCAAAGCUUACGAUGAGUUGGAAAAGGUUGUCAAAGGCCGGCUUCUUUUGACAGAUAUCAGAAAAAUGUCUCCUGCAGAACAGACUUCUGGGCUUGAGGCUUUCCACAAGGUGCUCUGUCAUUUUGCCCCUAAGUUUGUGCACUUCUUCCAUGCACAAAUGGAAGCACGGUUAUAUUUAGCCACAUUGCAUUUUAAUGAAAAUUCAACCAGGGAGCAGGCAAAAAAUCAAGAUGGUGAUAUGAUAUACAGUGUUUCAUACCCAAAGGGAAGGAAGGGUGAAGGAGUUGCCAAAGAAGUAAAAAUUCAACAAACUUUUAAUUAUGUGAAUGAACUGUUUGAAGACCUCAUCUUCAGGAGAGAAGUCCACAAUUCUUAUGGAGAGGCGAGAGCAGCCAAAGCAAUAAAUGAGAAAGAAAGACCGAGACCAAUUGCUCAGAUGGAAGGAAGGGCUAGAAAAGAAGACAUUGUGGCUACUCAUAGAUCCAGAUUUUAUUGAAUAAAUAUAAUAUUUCCAAA